UAAAAUUUGAUCAUUAACACUGCGUUUCUUGAUAAUUUGAAAUAUCUACAGAACGUUCGUAGAUAAGAUUCUAUACUAGAGAAAAAUGAAGAAAUUUUACUGUUUUAUUUUUCUUACGUGUGUUAUUUUAAAAGUAUUAGCAGUACCACCUUCCAUAUGCCGCGCCGACUUCCGCUGGGAUGACUGCGGCAAGCCCCCCAAAGCGGUCAUGUACUACUGGAAGCAGGGCUCCCGAUGCGAGAUAGGCCUCUGGAAAGGCUGCGUGCCCAACCCGAACAUGUUCGCCGACGAAUACGAAUGCAUCAACACCUGCGUGUUCGUCGACAAACCUUCGGUGCGAACUGAAAGCGAGGAACCAGAAACGGAAGCUCCUACAACUGUGGAUAAUAGUACUGCCGAUGAUGUUACUGGUAGUAGUAAUACUACUGAAACCGUUGAAAAUAGUACUACAGAAGCUGCUGGUAACGAAACUCAAGGCAAUGGUACGACCGCUGCAGGUGAAACUACUACAGAUACAACCACCCCUGCCUCAGAAAAACCCGAGUAA